AUGUUCAAAAUGUAUAGCGGUAGUGUUUUCGUUUUACUCUGUUUUCCUGUUAUUAUUUCGUACGUGACGUGCAGCGAUGAACUGAUCGCUUUAAUUCACGUGUUCCGUCAUGGACAAAGAAGCCCUGCUAAUUCUUACAAAAGCGAUCCAUACAAAAACCACUGGGAGAAUUUAGGUCCUAAUCAAUUGACGAUAGAAGGCCGCCGUCAAAUGUACAAACUAGGCCAGGACACGAGAACAAGAUACUCCGAUUUUAUACCGAAAAACUACAGCGUAAACAUCAUCAACAUACAAAGCACCGAUACAGACAGAACACAAAUGUCAGCGCAAUGUUACCUAUACGGAUUGUUCCCAGCUAGCGGCGAUGCUGUGUGGUUGAAGAACGUCGAUUGGCAACCGAUUUCAGUCCAUCCCGUCGAUAAUUCGAUCAUUUACAACGAUAAUACCAACUGCCCUACCUUUGCUUACUUAUAUUCAUUCGUCAUAACUAAUCCCAGGUACUCCAGAGUUAACCAGCAGUACAAAGCCAUGUACAAGUACAUAAGCGAUAACACCGGUGAGAGCGUUUCGGAUAUGGCAAGCGCCUAUUCCAUCCACGAUAUUCUGACGACGGAAAGUCAGGCUGGGUUGGAAUUGCCAGAAUGGACGAAGAAAUAUUUUCCGGAACCGCUGGGUACCGCAGCAGGAUACCUUCUACAAUCGCUUACAUUUACUUUAGACCUUAAGGGCCUCUAUAUUGGACCAUUCCUAAAUACUAUAGUGAAUUAUUUCGAUGCCAUGAAUGUAAACGGCACGUCCUCGCCCAAGAUUCAAGCUUAUUCCAUUCACGAAAGUAACCUGGGUUCCAUAUUAAACGUCUUUGGUUGCUUCGAUCCUCCGCAUGUUCCGGAAUUUACUUCUAGUAUAUGGAUAGAAUUGAAGAAGAACAGCACGAUGGAUUAUGUGAAUGUUUGGUAUAAAAAUGGAGCCAAUUUAACCAAACUCAGUGUGAAUGGAUGCGAUUUGAAUUGCCCGUAUGCACAGUUCAAACAGAACAUCAGGGAUUAUAUCAUCGACAGUGAUAAGUGGUCUGAAUAUUGUGGUUAUAAUUAA